AUGAACUACACUCUGGCGAACCCAGAUACUAUCACCAAGUACAAAGUCGCCGCCGAUAUCUCCCAGAAAGUCCUCAAGGAGGUCUCCGGAUGGAUCGCCGCUGAUGCCAGCAUUGUCGAGCUCUGUGAGCGCGGUGACAAGCUCCUAGACGAGGAGGUCGCCAAGGUCUACAAGGGCAAGAAGGUCCUCAAGGGCAUUGGACACUGCACCACCAUCUCGCCGAGCGCCUACAUCACCCCGUACACACCACUCAAGACCGAUGCCGAGGAAGCCGCCGUUACACUGAAGGAGGGAGAGGUUGUCAAGAUUCAGCUCGGUGCCCAGAUCGAUGGGUUCUGCGCGAUCGUUUGCGACAAUGUCAUCGUCGGCGCUGCUGACGAGGUCACCGGAAGGGAGGCAGAUCUCAUUCUGGCUACACACUACGCGAACGAGCUUCUGCUGAGGUUGAUGGUACCCCCAGGCUUGGUUCCCCACGGCGACGAGGAGGAGCAAAAGAAGGCUGCGUCAAAGAAGGCCUACACCCAGAGCCAAAUGACCAACAUGCUUGAGAAGGUUGUCAAGGCCUACGGUUGCAACCUCGUCGAGAGCACCACCAUCUGGCAAUUCGACCACAACGAGAUCGAGUCUAAGAAGAAGAUCAUUCUUGCGCCCGGCGAGGGUGUCAGAGGAGAGGGUCUCCCUGAGGUCGGCGAAGUGUGGGGUGUUGAGAUGGGUGUCAGUCUCGGAAGCGGCAAGGUCAAGAGCAACAGCAACAGGACCACUCUGCACCGACGUACAGCCACCACCUACCAGCUCAAGCGCCCUACCUCGCGAAGCCUGUUGUCUGAAGUUGUCAAGAAGUUCGGCACCUUCCCCUUCAGUCUGCGCCAGCUGGAGGACGAGAAGGCUGCCAAGGUUGGUGUUGUCGAGUGUGUCCGCACAGGUGUGCUCCGCCAGUACGAAGUCGUCGUUGACAAGGACAACCAACCCGUAGCUAGGUUGUUCAGCACUGUUGCGAUCACCAAGAACGGCAUGCAGCGUCUGGCUCAACCCGCUGCCAUCGACACCUCCAAGUACAAGUCUGACAAGAAGAUUGAGGACGAGGAGAUCCUCAAGAUUCUCGAACAGCCCAUUGGAAAGACUUCGACAAAGAAGAACAAGAAGAAGAAGAAGAAGCCCGCCAAGAAGGCCGCUGAUGGCGGUGCUGCUCCUGCCGAGGAGGAGGAGAGUGACGAUGAGGAGUAG